AUGGCCGAGUUGAAGAAUCCCGUGGAAAAGGAGAAGGAGCCGUUGAUUGAUGAUGAUAGUGCGAUGGCGGCGGUGGUGGCAACAAGUGCGAAUGACGAGCCGUUGACGUUUUGGAAGGGCUGCGAGUUCUUGAAGACGUCGAAAUUGUGUUCGAGCAGUUUGUCGCUGCAGCUGCCCAACGCGAAAAUGUGCCGAAUAUGUCAUACGACGUCGUCGACGCGAUCGAAUCCGCUGAUUUCGCCGUGCCGCUGUUCGGGCACAUUGAAAUAUGUGCAUCGGGGAUGUGUGGUGCGUUGGCUAGAGAUGUCGUCGCAAAAAAUGGUGCCGUCGCCGAAAUGCGAGCUGUGCGGCUACGAUUUUCGACGCGGCAAUAUUUGUCAGCUGCGCUCACUCCAUUUGCCAUAUGUCGAUCAAUUCUCGAUGGUGCUCAACAUCGUGUUCGUCACCUGCAUGAUCAUCUCGCUUCUCUGCUGGUACUUCAUCUUUCAAUUUCUCACCGAGAACACUCAAACUCGAUCAAAACUCGCCGUCGUCUCAUCGGCAAGCUAUUGGAGCCGUCGCGGCUACAACGACGAGGCGUUCGAUAGGCGACCAUUCCAUCCGAACAACAAGCCGAUAUUCGCUAGUAUGAUGGAUUGGCGCAUCUACACGUGCGUCGGCAUGUUUCUGUUCACAUUUGGCGUCGGCAUCGGCGCCCAAUACAGAGCCGAUUGCACGAUUUUCCGGUGCAUUUUUCGAUUCUUCGUCAUCAAUUACAAUUGGAUGAUCAAAAAUUACGAUCCAAAAAACGAUCCGGAAUUGGGGCGGAAAUCGGCGAGAAGCGUCGAGCCGACGGAGCCGAUGCUUCAUUCGAGUUGCGUUUGA